AGCGUUCUUGUCAUAUACACAACUAAUGGAAUUUUCAAUAUUUUCAUUGUGAACUUUUCGACCUCAUCUUCAAUAUUUGGCUGCUGAGUGGAAAAUUUGUUGCAAAAAAUAUUGAUAAGCAACUAUUGCUAAGUGAAGUUGUUUCUUAUAUAUGUACAUUUUAACUGAGUUUUAACGAAAUCCAGUAAAAAUAGAAUAUUGCGACAGCAAUAGUUUGAAAUGUUUUAAACAAGAACUUUGAAAAAUCAAUUUUUUACUAUUGCAGCCAUCGAUGUUCAACAUGCUUAGAGAACAUUUAUUUUUAUCUACGCCCAUAGUGGGGCUAAUGCUGCUGUUGGCUUGUUGCCACACAUCCGCUGGCAUGGAACAGGCAGCUGUGGGUGAAUUAUUCUCCUAUAAAAUUGAACCUUUGCUCUUCAAUUGGACGCAUCAGGUUAUCAGCGAACAAUUUCGUUAUCGAGUCUCAUUGGAGGGCUACGCAGAUUUACCAUCAUGGCUGCGCUACAAAUAUAGUCAUGAAUAUCAUGCUGGUUUUCUUUAUGGCACACCAACUGAGCGCUUGGCAGAUAAAACCGUGCAUUUGGAUAUUGUAGCAUUGAAUAAGCAAAAUUAUGAGACGCGCGAGGUUAAGUUGUCUAUAUUUGUGGCACAAAAAUUGCCGUCGCUAAAUAUAAUUCAAAUGAAAAUUGACAAUUUGAAUUGGGUGCAUUUGAUGGAUCCGGGACGUGUAGAGAAUUUGCGAAAUAUAUUCCGAAAAGAUUUGUGGCCAGAAAGUGAAAAUGAUUUGUGUAUAGUUUUCAUGGAAUCGGCGGUAAAUAUGGGCGGGCGUUUACCACUGCGACCACAGCAGCGAGAGGGUGUUGUUGUGCAUCUUGGCAGCUCUGCCCAAUUUUCUCCACGCAUCAAAGAAUUGCAAGAGGAGGUACGGCCACUUUAUAAGCUGACCACUUGCACCUAUAAACGCACAUCUGUGCAAAAGGUAUUCGAAAAUGCCGGAUUUAAAUUGGAUUGGUGUGCCUUUAAGACAGUAGGCGCUGAUAUAUCGCCAGAAAUACUCUUUCACAAUUACGGACACAAAAGUCAUCAUGAGAAUUUCAAACGCAAUGACCGUUGGUUGGGCGUUGCACGUGAAGAUGUGCCAGAUCGCAAUUAUAUAGAUGAGUUUGCUUUUGCUUUCGCCAUUCCUGGUAUGAUUUUCGCCGUACUUUUGGGUAUCUUGUCAGCGGCACUUUGUUUUCAACAUGAAAAAUUAAAUGAUCGAAACUCUGAGUUUUUCUUUGAGAAUAUUUUUCAUAUUUGUGAAGAGUCAUGCGAAAAGGAAAACGUUUAUGACUCCGACGAAGAGGGAAGUAAAAUGUCAUCAGCAUAUCAGCCUGCAACCUCAACUGUGCAAAUGGUGCAAUGUUCAGAUAGCAACACAGAUCAGCCAGUCACGACUCUUAAGAGCUUGAAGGAUCCCAAUUGCUUGUUGGAUAAUAUUAGCAUGCGCUCACAUAGCCCCAAUAAUAGCUACUAUCAAACAGACAGUGCAUCCAACACAUACCUACGCCCAAAGCCUCCACCAUACAAGGGUGGCACUUUAAAUCGUAAUGGCGUCGAUAUAUGACAAUCAACCCCAAGGAUAUUAUAUUGCUAAGCGGUGAAGAAGAAAUGUUUGAGAACUUCCACGUAAUGGAGGCAAAUUAAAUUAUUCGUAAACAUUAGAACCAUAUCAAUUUAUGUACUUACAAUAAUCUGCUUAAUAUCUCUUCCAAUACGAAGACCAAUGAAACAUAUGAUACUCUUACCAGUAGUUUGAGGAAAGUACUAAACAGAUAUUUCACUGUAGAAGUAGUUGUACAACGAAUAUUAAACACAAAAAUUAGCACAAUAAAUGUUAUUUUAGAAUAA